CGGUAAGCAGACGGAAGCGUUACAAUUCGAGCAGUUACCGAAAGCGUAACUGCUCGACAGACGGUGCUCGUUCGCUCACACGCUCGACCUCUCUCUCUCGUGCGACGCGGAUAGCAUACCUUCAAGGGGCAUAAAGCACGCAGCUCGCAGUGCUGCAGUGCAUAAACCGUGUGGAGUAACCGUUUAACCGUCAUUGCGUUCGGUUCGAGAUCGACGGCGUGUGGGGCCGUGUUGCCUAUGUUCACUCUAGCCGCAUCGACGUGUCGUCGCGUGUCACGCGUUUGUUCCGUUGGUCCGUUUUGUGAUGGUGUUGGUGAUGCUGUUUAGCCGUGUGUUUUUUUGUUCUUCUUCUUUCGGUUCGUCAGCUACCGUAGCGUGAAGAUAAUGCUGCAGUUUGGUGCGUGAGCUUCGGGGUUUGACGUGCGUUUCUCAUUUUCACCUAAUUCGCCACCGAUGAAGUUUGGUGUGUCCGAUAAUUUCGAGUCCUAAAACGGAAAGUUACUGUACGGACGGUAACCGUUGGGUCGUUUUCGGGGGAUUAAAACAGAUCUUCCUCCACCACGAUUGCUAUUACUGCAGUCCAGGCAGGCUUUUGGGGAGUGAUUAUUAGGUGUGUUCUUUGAUGUGCGAUAGUUACGAAACUGAGCUUUGAAGAGGCCUAUAAAAAAUAAUAAUCCACAAAAUUAUUAUUACCAUUCCUGAUGCUGUGCAGAUAACGCAAUUGAAUGUUUAGUGUGAGUUGAAGUGUUUAAAAAAAUAGUAACGUUUACAUGAACAUUCACUCGAAUUUAAGGCCCCCCACAAAAGAUAAAGCGUGAAUUAUAGUAUGCAAAUUAAAAUGCAAAGUUAACGAUAAUUCUGCCUGCUCUGUGGCCACGCCGAUAAUGCAGACAAGUUUGUUGUUCAACUGCAUUUAAUCAAGCUACACCCCGGGUGGCGAUGAAAAGCGCUGUUUCAGGUCGGAAAAUCUGUGCCUGUAGAUAAUAGCGCGCGUACAUCAACCAUCCAGCGGAUGGUGCAAACAACACACGGAAAAGCGUGUGCGACGACAGUAGGGAACAAACCCUCAACAACAACCAAAAAACUCCUCGUACCACGUGUGCACUAGUGAACGGGUGUCUGUGUAUGUAUGUUUUGCAUUGCAAAAAGAAAACACAAACGCGCAAGAGCGAAACGGAAGACAACGGUCGAGCCGAAAAGCAUCAGAACAUCAUCAUCAGAACCUCCAGUCAAAGCCAAACUCCGCGCGAGAGUGAGAAGGCGGCUUCUAGCGUAGAAUAACCCGUGCAACGGUUACCAAACAAGGCACAACGAAUGGCACGAAUAGCGGACGACAGUGACUUCGAAGCGCUGAAACGACUGGUCGACAAUCACGACGGCUGGACGCUCGAGCUAUCCAAAUCCGACACGGAGGUCUACACCCGGCCGGUGCCCGGCUGCAACUUCAACAUGGUCAAGAUCCACACCGAGUUUGCCGACGUCACCGCCGACAUUGUGUUCGAUGUGCUGCACGAUCCGGACUAUCGGAAGGUUUGGGACUCGCACAUGCUGGCCAGCGAGGAAAUUGGCAUACUGAACGUCAACAAUGACGUCGGUUACUACGCAAUGUCCUGUCCGCCACCGCUCAAGCCGCGCGAUUUCGUCCUGCAACGAUCCUGGCUCGAUACGGGACCGCAAGGCGAACAGAUGUUGCUGUCACGCUCGGUACCCCACAAAAACUAUCCACCCAAGAAGGGUUACGUACGUGCAAUGUCCUACAUUACCGGGUUCGUACUGCGAACGAAUGAAAACUCAAAGACUGGCUGUAUACUUAAGUACGUAGCGCACUGUGACCCGCAAGGCACGCUUCCACCCUGGCUCGUGAACAAGGUAACGCACACGCUCGGACCGCGGAUGGUAAAGGACCUUAAGAAGGCUGCCCUCGGGUAUGCGAGCUGGAAACAGACGCAACCACACCUGCGAAAACCGUGGCGCUUCCCAGAAGAGAUCCGGUGUCCAAGGAUAUCAAUUGAAGAUUGUCUCGAUACGGUCACAGUUCCACUAGCACUUCCACCAGCAACAGGUUCUCUGAAAAGCGUUCCCCAACAACAGCAACCCCAACCCCAACAGCAACAACCAGCAACGACGCAACGGAAGCUACCCCAGCUGAAAACGCAAACUAAUGGUCGCGUGCUACCGAUCCUGCACAAAAAGGCUCAAUCGACACCUGCAUCGCCCGUGGUGGAAGAAGCCAAGUUUCUCAAGCGAGAAGAGCUAAAGGAAAAAGCGCUCGACGACAAGCGCAAGGACGAGAAGAAAAAGCUAAAAGACCCCAAAGAGGCCAAACCGAAGGAAAGCAAGGAAAGCAUAAAAAGCACCAAAGAGCUCGAGAAAGAGGCAAAGGCAGCAGCGAAGGAGAGCAAAAAGCUUAGCAAAGCGGCCGCAAAGGAAGCGGCCGCGGCCGAAACUGCACUAGCGAAGAAGGAGAAAAAAGAGAAAGGUCUUACCAAGCGAAGAUCUUUGUUGAAUUUAAAGUUUUAGUUAGUGGUAAGGGAAGAGGGAACCCACAAAUUGCGCAAAGGCGAUAAAGCGGAUUAGCUGACGCGACGAUACAGGGUGUCGAUUGAGACUUGCUAUCAGUAUUAUGCGAUCGAGUGGGAAUCGAACAAAAGGCACAAUCACUCUCCACGCAGCAUCCACAAUCGAACCUCCAUUAGUUCGAAAAACAAACAAACAAACAAAAAAACGGAGGAAAAUUGAAACAAAAUACAAUAAUGGGACGAUACGAGAACAGAGAUAAGUUUUAAAGCGCUCGUAACUUCAACUUUACAGUUACGAUUUUUUAAUUGCAGCUGUAGAGAGCCUGUAGGCAAUCGAAAUCGAUGUAAAGAAAAUCCUAUAAAUGUUACGGGAUGUGUUGGAACACAAAUGCGAUUUUAAACUAGCGCUUUCCUUUUUUUCGCUGAGUAUCCUUUUUUGCACUUCAAAUAAUUUAAAGUAGAUUGGUUAGGUUAUCAAAUGAUUUUACCCAUCUGUGCACACCACAAUAAAUGGAAGGAAAGCGCAAAGCUUCAAUGCACGCAAACACUGAAGAUAAUGUUUUUCACUUCAUAAAACAAUUGCCCACAUGUUUAAAACAAUGUAUGGCACAACAUUACGGCAAUAAAAUCGAUUAAAGAAUAAAUAUUGCUAUCCCUUAUCAAAAAUUAGUUUAAAAAUGAGGACCUUUUGUUUUACGAUCUAAAAACACACGGCAAAACUAAAAAAAAUUGUUUGAAAAAUACUCAUCAUAUUAUUGUUAAAAACAAUCAAUUUUGUAUUAAAAAAACAGAAGCUUCUACAACUUCUUCAAGUCAAUUUGCUGGCAACGAAUUUGUGUUGAGAUGCUAGAAGUAAUUGAAAUAUUCUUCAAAUUAUUAGCUAAGCCCUUGUGCUUCGAUGCGUACUAAUAAGUACUAAAAUUGUGUAAAUAACAGAUAAUCGAAUCAAGAACAAUACCUUGAAUCACUCCAUAGGAGUAUGUUGAAAUGUAAAUGUGUUACUGUUGUUGUUGUUUGUAGGAGACCGUUAGGAGCGUAAGUAAAACUGUACAUCUUGUUUGAAAAUGUACCGCAAGCGAACAAAACCAAACAGCCAUCGGAAUAAAACGUGAUAACAUACUUAGGAAGCGCCUAGCUAACCGUUGCCACUGCAACGGUUACAGUGUGCGUCAAAAAAAAAAAGAACAACUCUGUACUAAAACCUAGCACGCUGCUGCUGAGUGAGACGUAUGAUAAGAUACUUUUUCGAUAGGAUUAGCAGGCCGACCUGUAGCUGCUCGGCCCACUCGGUACGCCUCGGAAAAUGAAUCCUUCUUGAUAGCUGGUCGUGCAGAAGGAGUCUGUUAGAUAGGCCAAAAACGAAACGAAAGGCGAACGACAAUUAGGUUUGUAAGACUUUUUCUCUACGCUACCGCAUAACUAACUAAUACUACUUACACUAAAACUAAAUUACAAUAAUUAUAAACCCUCACCCUCCCCCCUGUUUCCUGUGGCCUUUCGUCCUUCUUUUCCUUUCGAAAACUGUAAAUUGCUUACUGAAGCACAAACAAACCAUCAGACUUGUAAAUUGUAAGCAUGCAGAGCGGAAAGUACACUCUUUAGCUAGGAGAUAAAAAAAAGGAAAAGUUAGCAAACGAAAUCUAUCAAGAGUUUUAUCAAACCAUGAACCAAUUACUGUCGCGUUGUGAUUAGAAACCGAAAUGACGAUGCGUGUGUCUGAGCAACACAAAGCACAUUGUCCCUUAAAAUAUUCAAAACCACAGCAGCACAACGAUUGUGUACGACGAUCGUAUUACCGGAACGAUGUCAAUCAUUCGAGUGUUAGUAGAACCGUAUCAUCUUCACCAUUUAAAAUGGCAGUUAACAUCAGCAACGUUGUCGUUGAUCCUUUUUGCCUAACACAGCAACCACUCUCGAUCUCUUUCCGAUCAAUGGGAUUUUUAUUUGUACUACGUACGUUGUGUAUAAGUGUAUGUGUGUGUGUGUUUGUGUGAAUAGAGUAAUGUACUAAGCGUGUGAGUAUAUGCCCACUAGUGAGUGAACGCGUUGAUUAGCAGCAGACUGAUCGUAGUUGUGUGCAUACGCGAGAGUGUUGCUAACGAGUGUUUAAGGGUGCGAGAUUUUGCACACGCGACAAGACGCAGUAGUUGGUAGUGUUAAGUGGGAUGAAAAUGAAAAGUUAAUCCGGGGUGCGAAUGUAACGAAAACCUCGGUUACUGUAAUUAUGUUGGAGUUGUAGGUUGUUAAAAUAAAAUCAGUCAAAACCCCCCGAUUGUGUUAAAUUGAA